GGUUCGGGGAAGCGAGGUCCGCGGGCCCCGCGCGCCUGGUGGACGCGUGCAAGGCUCAGAGGCCGGCUGGCUGGAGGCUGCGGGCGUCGCGGGCAGCCACCAUGUUCAACCAGCAGCAGCAGCUCCAGCAGCUCCAGCAGCAGCAACUCCUGCAGCUCCAGCAGCUGCUCCAACAAUCUCCACCGCAAGCCCCGCUGCCCAUGGCCGCAGCCGUCAGCCGGGGGCUUCCCCAGCAGCAGACACAGCAGCAGCUUCUGAAUCUCCAAGGUGCCAACUCUGCCUCCCUCCUCAACGGGUCUUUGCUACAGAGAGCUUUGCUUUUGCAGCAGUUGCAAGGACUGGACCAGUUUGCAAUGCCACCAGCCACGUAUGACAGUGCCGGUCUCACCAUGCCCACGGCAACACUGGGUAACCUCCGUGGCUACGGCCUGGCAACCCCAACCCUGACGGCCCCCAGCCUCACACCCCCUCAGCUGACCACCCCAAAUCUACAGCAGUUUUUUCCCCAGGCAACUCGGCAAUCCUUGCUGGGUCCCCCUCCUGUCGGGGUCCCCAUGAACCCCUCCCAGAUCAACCUUUCAGGGCGGACUCCCCAGAAACAGGCCCGCACUCCCUCAUCCACUACUCCCAAUCGCAAGGAUUCUUAUUCUCAGACAAUGCCUGCGGAAGAUGAGUCAGACCCCCCAGAGGGGUCUGAGGAAGCUGUCGCGCCCCAAGCAGACACACCAGAAGACCAGGAUUCCCCACCCUGCCCAGAUGGCAUUGCUAAGGAGAAACACACUGUAGCACCUGCUCCCGAGUCUUGUGAGGCAUCUGAGCCACCAGCUAAGAGGUCAAAGAGCUCAGAGUUGCCCACGGAGAAGGGGAUUCCGGGGCAGCCGCAGGCCCGCACCACAGCCCCGAAGCAGACACAGACACCCGAGCUGCUGCCUGAGCCGCCAGAAGCCCGAGUUCUGCCACGAUUCCAGCCCCGGGUUCUGCAGAUCCAGGCCCAGGUGCAGCCGCAGACGCAGACGCCGCCACAGGUGCCUCCCGUGGACAUGCCAGUGCAGCGCCUCCUGCAGAAGCAGGUGCAGACACAGACCUCUCCAGACCAUGUGGGGCCGCAGCAGGUGCUGAAGGAGGCAGAGCCGCAAAAACAGGUGCAGCCACAGGCACAUUCCCAGCCCCUGGUGCAGAAGCAGCCACAGCUGCAGAAGCAGGCACAGACGCAGACGUAUCCUCAGGUCCAGCCGCCGGAGCAGCCACUGAGACAACCUCCAGGGCAGCUGCCAGUGCAGGCACCUGACCCCACUGAGGGACAGCCUCAGGCCCCGCUACAGGUGUCAGUACCAGCAUUGGAGCAAGCCCCGGUGCCGGUUCAUUCCACAGAGCUGGAGACGCCUCCUGAUAAGGGAGAUAGUGGAGCUGGCCUGGAGGAGGCCUCGCCAGAGCCAGAGGGCGCCCAGGGCAGCAUGGAGAGUCAGGACGAGUUGACCAGUGGCCUGGAUGUGGGAGAAUGUGAAAAAAGGGCAAGAGAGAUGCUAGGGGUGUGGGGUGCCGGAGGCUCCCUGAAGGUCACCAUCCUGCAGAGCAGUGACAGCCGGGCCUUCAGCACUGUCCCCCUCACACCCGUGCCUCGCGCUGGCGAAUCCACAUCUGCCACCCCUGCCACUGCCAGCACACCCUCUAAGCAGACCCUCCAGUUCUUCUGCUACCUCUGUAAGGCCAACUGUAGCAGUCAGCAGGAGUUCCAGGACCACAUGUCGGGAGCCCAGCACCAGCAGCGGCUCGGGGAGAUCCAGCACAUGAGCCAAGCCUGCCUCCUGUCCCUGCUGCCCGUGCCCCGGGAUGUCCUGGAGAGAGAGGAUGAAGAGCCCCCGCCAAGGCGCUGGUGUAACACCUGCCAGGUCUACUACAUGGGAGACCUGAUCCAGCACCGCAGGACACAGGACCACAAGAUUGCCAAGCAGUCCCUGAGACCUUUCUGCACUGUUUGCAACCGCUAUUUCAAGACCCCCCGCAAGUUUGUGGAGCACGUGAAGUCCCAGGGACACAAGGACAAAGCCAAGGAGCUGAAGAUGCUCGAGAAGGAGAUAGCCGGUCAAGAUGAGGACCACUUCAUCACAGUGGAUGCCGUGGGCUGCUUUGAGGGUGAUGAAGAGGAGGAGGAGGAGGAGGAGGAGGAUGAAGAAGAGAUCGAGGUUGAGGAGGAAUUCUGCAAGCAGGUGAGGUCCAGAGAUAUAUCCAUAGAGGAGUGGAAAGGCUCAGAGACCUAUAACCCAAACACCGCAUACGGCGUGGACUUCCUGGUGCCCGUAAUGGGGUACGUUUGCCGCAUCUGCCACAAGUUCUACCACAGCAACUCGGGAGCACAGCUCUCCCACUGCAAGUCCUUGGCCCACUUCGAGAACCUGCAGAAAUACAAGAAGGCCAAGAACCCCAGCCCUACCAGCAGGCCCGUGAGCCGCCGGUGUGCGAUCAACGCCCGGAACGCUUUGACUGCUCUGUUCACUUCUGGUGGCCGUGCACCCAGCCAGCCCUGCAGCCAGGAUACAGCUAAAACCCCCAGCAAGGUGACAGCCCAACCCCCUUCUCCCCCACUUCCCCGGCGCUCAACCCGCCUCAAAACCUGAUAGAGGGCAUGCCUCCUGCCCACCCUGUUUGGGUCUAGGUCUGCUAUGCUUUUUAGAGUCUGUGUGGAAAUUCUGAUGUGGUUGGUGUUUUUACUGAAAAUCAAAUAAAAGAAGGUAGUUUGGCCACAUAAUGCCCACCAGCCCUUCUGUCUGGGUUGACGGCGGGAGGGAGUACCGCAGCCAGCUCUCAGCCAGCACCCACCCUCUUUAGGCAUGGUGUGGUGGCUGAGCUGGAAGGCCAUAGGCCGGCUCCCUAAGCAGGGCCUCUGAGGUCACAAGGUACUCUCUCACAGCCUGUUUCCCUCUUAAUUGGGUGAUCAGGGCUAGGAAAACACCUUUACCUUCAACCAGAUCUCAUUUAAUUCUCACAGGGACCCUAGGGAGCAGGUCUUAUUAUGAUCCCCAAAUUAUAGGUGGAGAAACUGAGGCCUAGUAAGGUCAAGUAACUUACUUGCUGGAGGCCAUAUAUCUGGUGAGUGACCAGGAUUUGCCCUAGGCCAGACCUCUGGGCCCCUCCGCUGGCCUCUCUCCAUUUGGACCCCAUGGAAGCUGAAAGGCAGGAGUGGGGGGCCUCCCUGACCUCUGGUUCUGAGUCUGUGGUUCAAUAGCAGGGGCCCGCCCUUCUUGUCAGGCAACCCAAAGAAGAAUCAGCAGCAAAUGGGGCCCAGGAGGAGUUGGUUCUUUGGUUCUGGUAUUUCCCCAUCUGAAAAAACCCUUAGAGGUAGACAACCUGACCAACCCUGUUAUUGGCCAACUAGGAGGACUGAGGCCAGGAGCAAGAGGAUGAUGCCCAAGGUUACACAGCAUGAAUAGGUAUUGGCUGUCUUAAAGAAAAAAGGCCCUAGGACCCAGAGAAGCUGAGUGUAUCUACAGGGUCACAUAGCACGUCCGAUGCUCGUGGCUGGGCUGGGCAAUCACCUGCUGUCCAGGAUGGCACCGGGUGCAGAGGAAGCCCUGCCUCACCUUUUUCUUGUGUGUACAGAAAUACAAGAAGGCUGAGAACCCCUACCCUAUCAGCAGGCCCAUGACUGCCAGCACAUGAUCAGUGCCUAGAAUGCCCCCACUGCCCUAUUCCCCUCUGGUGGCCAGUGGGGUCCUCAGUCCAGGAUACAGAGGAGAGGCACAGUGGUGUUGGAGACCCGUUUAAUGUGGACGCUCAAGGCCUGGGCAGAGUGAAGAGUGCCCCAGAAUUGGGCAGGCAGGCAAGGUGGGUGGGUCGAGGGCCCACACCUGACCCCGGGAGGGGAUGUCGGAUGUUGGGGGCUGGCCCAGGCAUGCCAAGGGGAGUACCAGAAGGGUGUCCAAGGCAGGCA